UGGAGUGCGUGUUGGUGGAGUGGAUAUUUAAAAAGUCUCUGUGCCGUUGCUUCACACACUCGAUCGGAAGGAAGUGAAUGAAGAAGCAGGAUUAGUGUUCGGGGAAAAAAAAAGUUUAAUUUGUGAACCAACGGUAAAACCAAGUGAUCAUACCGUGCAAGCAUUGACAUUUUUUGUUUCAAAGAUCCACCAUCGAAAAAGUGCCUCAAUUGCUGCUAAGAGUUGCACGUACACGCCCCCGACCAUAUUGUGAUAUUUACUGUUGAACAAAACCAUCCGCACAACAGACGAAAAAUACAACAACAUGAGCUUUCAAAGACGCACUUCGGAAAAGACGACGGAGCUGACGGCGUCGGUGCCGGUAAAGCUGUUGACGGCCGGUACGGCGGCCUGCUUUGCCGACUUCAUUACCUUCCCACUGGACACAGCUAAAGUGCGGCUACAGAUUCAAGGCGAACAGCCCGUCCGAACGGUUGCCAUGACACCGGCCGUCAACACAACGGCAUCGUUCAAGCUAAACCCUACGCCCCUCCCAGCUACACAGCACGUGCAAUACCGUGGUCUGGUCGGCACGAUCACCACUAUCACCCGCCAGGAAGGUUUCCGGACGCUGUACAAUGGCCUUUCGGCCGGUCUGCAGCGGCAGCUAUGCUUCUGCUCUAUCCGCCUCGGACUGUACGAUACGGUGAAAACGUUCUACGGUUCCCUGCUUAAAGAAAAUGAAGCUGGUCUUCAAAUAGGAACACGAAUCUUAGCCGGUCUAACGACGGGCGGCGCGGCGGUCAUGAUCGCACAGCCAACGGAUGUAGUGAAGGUGCGCUUCCAGGCAGCAACCCGAUCGUCCACCGGUCGCCGGUACGCAUCGACGCUGGAAGCCUAUCGCACCAUCGGCCGGGAGGAAGGCGUACGCGGUCUGUGGAAGGGUGCAAUGCCGAACGUGGGUCGAAACGCGAUCGUCAACGUGGCCGAGAUCGUGUGCUACGAUGUGGUCAAAGACUGCCUGCUGCUGUACACGCACAUGCCAAACGACAUACGGUUGCACUUUUCGGCCGCCGUCGUGGCCGGUUUGGCCGCUACGAUCGUCGCAUCGCCGGUAGAUGUGGUGAAGACGCGCUACAUGAACUCACCCCGCGGUCAAUAUCGGGGCGCUAUCGAUUGUGCCAUCCGGAUGGGUGCGAAAGAGGGCAUGAACGCAUUCUACAAGGGCUUUGUACCAUCCUUCGCCCGCCUCGUUUCCUGGAACGUGGUGAUGUGGAUAUCGUACGAACAGCUGAAGCUGGUGGUAUUCAACCGAAGCUAAAUAGAAGGCAAGCUUCACCUUGCCUUUCCUUUACCGCACCCUAGCAAAACCCACUCACAGACACAAUCCGAGAUUGUACCUCUAGCGUAACGAAAUGUUUUUAACUACUAGACACAAACAAAAACAUGGAUGUCCCUUUUGUAUGACGCGGUUGGACUGCGCUAGGAAACGGACAAAGUUUAGGCUCAUUGCCAAUCGCCCGGUGACGGUUGCAUGGACAACGCUGUCUUUGACCCGUUUUUUUUUAAAUCGUUUUUCCAUGUUUCUAUAUGCUUAUGCAGUACGAAUGUGAUAAUAAGUAUGUUUGUAAUCGUCCGAAUGAAAACUGUUAUCGUGCCUUAAUUUUUAAAAGUGAAUAAAAAUGGACAAUAAUUUCUUAUUUUAAGGUAA